GUGAGUUUAUUGUUGCCGGUAGUGGAACUCCGCAGUCAUGUUGUCAUUACGGUAGCCUUCAGGUUCUGCAAAUGUCCUAGUUUUGAACAGGUUGUUGUUUUUAUGUGUGUAAACAUGAACAGGACACAGCUGAAGCGCUCUCAUAUCUUAAGGAUGGCUCUGUCUGGCUCGGAAGGGACGAACCAGGACGGAAGAGGAGAAGAAGAGGCUUUUUUACUCCGAGCAGUCAGAAUAGCUGCUGUGGUCGCGCUUUACUGGUUUGUCUCGAUAACAAUGGUGUUCCUCAACAACUACCUGCUGGACAACCGAGACUUGGACGCGCCGCUGUUCGUCACUUUCUACCAGUGUGCGGUGACUGUCGGCCUGUGCUGGCUCAUGCAGCUGGUGUCCAAGUUCUGCCCCAGAGCUGUCGACUUCCCGUCGGUCAAGUUCGACUUGAAGACGUCCCGGGAAGUCCUGCCGCUAUCGAUCGUCUUCAUCAGCAUGAUCACCUUCAACAACAUGUGUCUGAAACAUGUCGGGGUGGCUUUCUACACGGUCGGCCGGUCCCUCAGCACCGUCUUUAACGUGCUCUUAUCGUAUGUUCUCCUGAAACAAACCACGUCUCUGCGAGCUCUGGUCUGCUGUGGGAUCAUACUGGGUGGGUUCUGGCUUGGCGUGGAUCAGGAGGGCUUGGCAGGGUCCCUCUCCUGGUCGGGUGUGUUUUUCGGGGUUCUGGCGAGCGCCUGCGUCUCCCUCAAUGCCAUCUACACGAAGAAGGUGAUGCCUGCAGUGGAGGGGAGCAUCUGGAAACUGUCUUUCUACAACAACAUCAACGCGUGCGUCCUCUUCCUUCCUCUCAUUUUUGUGUUUGGGGAGGCGAGCAAAGUAGCCAACUUCAGCCACUUGACUGAUCUGGGCUUUUGGGGGAUGAUGACGCUGGGGGGAGUGUUUGGCUUUGCCAUCGGCUACGUCACGGGCCUCCAGAUCAAGUUCACCAGCCCCCUCACCCACAACGUCUCAGGAACGGCAAAGGCCUGCGCCCAGACGGUUAUUGCCGUGGUGUACAACUCAUCCAGUAAAAGCCUGCUGUGGUGGACCAGUAACUUGAUGGUUCUUGGGGGCUCGUCGGCCUACACGUGGGUCAAGGGUCGAGAAAUGCAGAAGACAACCCACAGGGACGCUCAGGACUCGGCGAAGGAAAAACUACUCCCAGAGGAGAAGGGUAACCCAGGAGUGUAACCAUUGAUAUAUAUCACUGGAUUGGGCGUGGCUAGUGUGUUGCUAGCUACAUUGACAUGCACACCCUGGAGCUCUGUUAUGCAGUGAAGAACCUCAAAAAAAAUGAAUGGAUGUCAAUGGACUGAGGCGUCAUCCCGAUGGAAAAACUUAUAUAUUUUUUUAUUUCUUGCUCGAUUUUUACAAACUAGUCAACAAUCCAAUAAAGUCCAUAUUCUACAAGUUUAAUAUCAGUAAAUAAUAUAUUUGACAACAGAUAAAAUCAAUUUUAAGUAACAUUAAACAUGAACACUGAAGCUUUUUAAUGUUAGUGUACCGGUUUUAUGAUUAAAAUAAUAAAUUUUGGUUAAAUAUACGGAAUAUUUACCUGUGAAACAUAACUCUUUUAGCUCUU